AUGACUAACCGAGCUGUGGCUAUUAAAGUGAACAAGAGCCGCCCUGAUAUUCUGCAACAGGCGAAAUUGGAAAUUUUCAUCCUGGAGCAGCUGCGAAGGUUGGAUUCAGAUGCCGCCAACAUUGUUCAAUGGGACGGCUUUUUUCACGACGGAGAGCGGGUUUGCCUGAAAUUUGAACUCCUUUAUCAAUGCCUGAGGGACUACAUAUGGGACCGGAAAAACCACUGUCUCCCCAUAAGCGAAGUCAGGCCAAUUUUAGGUCAAAUCACAAAUGCUCUGUCCCACCUGAGUUCUGUGGGAAUGGUGCACGCUGACCUCAAACCUGGAAACAUCAUGGUUUGUGGGACGGUUGGUUAUUGUGCACCUGAGGUUAUGCUUGGCCUUCCUUACAAUGAAGCAAUUGACAUGUGGUCUCUGGGGCUGGUAGCUGUGGAGCUUGCUACAGGGCUGCCACUCUACCCUGGAAAUGAAGACUAUGAUGUUUUGAAAUUCAUCAUAGAGACUCAGGGUCAGCCACCAGAUCAUGUUCUAGACUCUGGCGUCUACACUGAAGACUAUUUCAUUGAAGACAAAGACAAGCAACAGCGCUGGACAUUUAAGACUGACCAACAAUUUCAGUAUGAGACAGGAUAUGAGUCCCUGGAGACAAGAUGCAUAAAACUGACGCGUCUGGAUGACCUUGAACAAAUAAUAAUGUUUAGACGAGGACCAGAAGCUGGCCAACGCUUAUUUGUCAGCUUAAUUAAACAGAUGUUGGCCUUGGAUGCACACCAGCGGAUAACACCCUCGGAGGUUCUCCGGCAUCCCUUUUUCAGCCCUAAGAGUUCCCUGUGCAUUGACAUGAGUGCUGAAAUAUCACAAAACCCUGUGGUCUUUCAGCACCCUUCAAACUUGGAAAGCAAGAGAUCACAGAAAAUCAACUGCAGUUUUCAAAACUCGGUUGAAUUUUCUCAGCAAGUAUUCGUCCACACAUCAGCCAGUCCAUCAUUCAGCUCAGAUGAGCUUGAAUUAGUUAAAGGGAGCAUUUUGGGAAAGCACUACAAGGUAGAGGCUUUCCUCGGAGAAGGGGGCUUUGGUAUUGUAGCCAAAUGUCGCGACACAACAACCAACCAAGCUGUUGCCAUUAAAGUCAACAAGAGCGACCCUGAUAUUCUGCAACAGGCACAUGUGGAAAUUUUCAUCUUGGAGCAGCUGCGAAGGUUGGAUCCAGAUGCCGCCAACAUUGUUCAAUGGAACGGCUUUUUCCACGACGGACAGCGGGUUUGCCUGAAAUUUGAACUCCUUGAUCAAUGCCUGUGGGACUACAUAGGGGACCGGAAUAAACAGGGUCUCCCCAUAAGCGAAGUCAGGCCAAUUUUAGGUCAAAUCACAAAUGCUCUGUCCCACCUGAGUUCUGUGGGAAUAGUGCACGCUGACCUCAAACCUGGAAACAUCAUGGUUGUAAACCGCCAUGAGUCUCCCAUCAAAGUCAAACUUAUAGACUUUGGCCUCGCAUGUCCUGCGUCUGCAGUGAUACCUGGUGACUUUGUGGGGACGGUUGGUUACUGUGCACCUGAGGUUAUGCUUGGCCUUCCUUACAAUGAAGCAAGUGACAUGUGGUCUCUGGGGCUGGUGGCUGUGGAGCUUGCUACAGGAUUAACAGUCCACAGGUUGGGUGCUCGCACUCUGAUUCGUUCCCUGGAGAUGAAGGAGAGAGAGCUCAGAGGACAGCAAGAUGGAGGAGUGAAGGAGAAGGUGGUGCAGCUCAGUGUCCAAUCAGGAGUGAGCAGUUCUUUCACCACCUUCAUUGCUGUCAACAAAGACAACAGAGAGGCGAUCCAAGGACCUCUGCACCGCAGACAUAUUCUACCACCCUGUGAGUUUGGGAAGUUUCCCAUGCAGGUGAGGAAUGCAGUGACUGACAGACUACCCCUCCUUCAUUUAGGACCCAUGCCAAACACUGAGUAA